AGUUGAAAAAAUAAAUUAAAUUAAUGAUAAUUAACAAUUAAUUGCAUAUUAUUCGGCAACUCGGCCGUACGCUAGCUAACCGCGGUGGAGGUUGGUACUCGGAUUCUGAUGGCUUUUCCGCAAACGUGACCUUUAAGUGGUCUUGUUGUGUAGGGGUUAUCACGCCUAUCUAGAGAGUAGGAGGUUGAGGGUUCGAGUCCCUCCAAGACACGUGGAUUCUUUUUCGCAAAUUUCAUAUCAAUUUGUCCAUUUCGAAACAUAUGCUGUGCAUAUGCAGAGCCAAGAUAUUUAACAAAAUAAUGAUAAUUGUUUCUCGUUUAUCGGGUACUUUGCGUAGUUCUGCCAGUUCUUAUCAAAUCUCGACCAUUAAUCGAAUUCGCUUGAAAGCGAGAGUCGUCAUUAUCUAUCUGUACAAUUUUUCGAAUACGCCCCUUUUAACUACUCAAUCGUGGUGUCCCAUUAUUUCCGCCAGUAUAGAUCAGUAGCUCACGAUGGAUACAUUAAUUUGGCUGUUAAUCAUUAUUGUGUCGAUUAACUAUUCCUUUGGAACGAAGCUGUGGCGAAAUAAUCUGGACUUCAACGAUCGAUCCAAUUGGCAAUCAAAUGAAUUGCCAAAAUCCGGUCAAUCUAUCCAAUAUCCCGCCAAGCUCAAUGCACUAGUUGAACUACCAACUAGUUUUAGUGUUGGGUCGUUGAUUCUACCCACCACUGGAGCAGUUCUCGUUCCAGAAACGGAUUUUUCAUUGCACUUUGAAAGUGACCACAGACAUCGUGAAACAACAGUCUUUAAAACCCCAGCUCGGAAACCGUACUAUUCUACUGCAAACUGGAAGGCUGUGGACAACUCUGGAAAGGCUGUUUCUGGACCGAACGGUGCCACCCCUCAUCUGGAGCGAAUUCCUUGUCAGUAUGAGGCCGUGUUAUUCGGAAAAAUACCUUCACCGAUUGAUUUGCAAUAUCAUUCUGCUAUCGAAGUUAAGGAAAUCAAUUACGGAGGAGCAAAAGGACUUGACGAGUUUCGUCGCUUCUUGGUGUCGGAUCUGGGCCAGUACGUUUUCUAUAACGGAGAAGAAACCUUGGUAACAGAAGGUAAAUGUAGCAGUCCUGAAAAAUGCCCCUGUCAACCGGAAUGGGUCCUCGAAGCCGUUUGUGCCAACGAGGUAUGUCCAGUUCCGCACUGUUUGAGUCCUAUUGUGCCGAAAGGCCAUUGUUGUGCUAUAUGCGGAAGCGUGCUCUCGGUGGAUUUGGGAAAUUUUGUGGAGAACUUUGAUUUUAAUGACUUCUCCCGGAAAUUGGCUCGUAAAAUUACAUCGGCGGAGGUGGAUCAGUCCGAGGUGGAGUAUCACAUAAGUGUUGAAAAUUAUGCACUUCAGCUGGUGAUCAUCGACAGAGAAGAGUAUUCAGAGCAAAGCGUUGAUUUAAUGAAAAGUUUGGAGCCUUAUUUUGUGAUGCGGUUUCAAAACGGACAUAAAAUAGUUCAUGCAGGUCACCCUCAUAUACCGUAUCAAAGUGGCCAACUGUUUCUAGUGAUAUUCGUUUCACUGUUAGCGAUUUCAAUUUUUUUCACUAUCUUGUACGCUUACUACUACGACGACAAAGUAGUUCCUCGUCUUACAGCCGUUAUUCGAAACAGAACAUUUUUCUCAUCACCGUUUGUAUUUGCUCGAUUCGAUCCUAACAACGCUCAUGAUGACUCAACGGUGGAUAUCAAUUUCAACCCGUCCGGAAUUGAAAAUUUGAACUCUUCUUUUAACAAUCCAAUGUUUGAAGAGAAUGAUAAAGAUGCGGCAUCGUCUUCCAAAGCAGCGGAACAUAAUGUAGAAAAAGAGUCGUAUGUGGAUGUUGAAUUGGAUAUGAGUAAAUGAUUACAGUACAUUUUUUUCAAAGCGCACGUUCUGCUAAUAAAUAUAUCCCAAUAU